GCCUGCAAACGAACUCAGCCUCUUAUCCUGCGACGACUCGUCGCCUUUGUAUAUCAACUACACCAUGUCUCCUCCGCUUCAUCCGAUUUCUGUGCAACAACUCCCAUCUCCAGUCCGUUGACUCGUCAUCAAUCGUUCUCCUCCGUUGAUUUCAACACGGUGAUUCGGUGUUAGAAUGGAACCUAUGGAUAUAGUCGGGAAGUCCAAAGAGGAUGCUUCUCUGCCAAAAGCUACUAUGACAAAAAUUAUCAAGGAGAUGUUGCCCCCAGAUGUACGUGUUGCAAGAGAUGCUCAAGACCUUCUGAUUGAAUGUUGUGUAGAGUUUAUUAAUCUCAUCUCCUCAGAGUCCAAUGACGUCUGUAGCAGAGAAGAAAAAAGAACCAUUGCACCUGAGCAUGUUCUCAAGGCUUUAGAGGUUCUUGGAUUUGGGGAGUACAUUGAGGAGGUGUAUGCUGCAUAUGAACAACACAAGCUUGAAACUAUGGACACCAUAAAAGGUGGGAAGUGGAGCAAUGGAGCGGAAAUGACUGAGGAAGAAGCAUUGGCAGAGCAGCAGAGGAUGUUUGCUGAGGCACGCGCAAGAAUGAAUGGUGGGGCCUCUAUCCAAAAACAAUCAGAACUUGACCCAAGUUUGGAGAGCUAAUUUUAGGACUUCAAUUUUCUUUUGGACCAUAGGCAAGCAUCCUUGAGUAUCCCAUAUAUUCUUCUAAUCCCCCUUAUGUUAUGUACAAAAGCUCUUGCAAGAGUAGUGGCACCUAUAUGGACUCGCAGUUUAUUUUUAUUCUCUCUAUGGAUUAUGCUUGUAACUCAAUGUAAUUAGUUUGAGUUUGUCCAAAAUUGCCUCUGUUCCAUA